CUUAGUACUACCUAGUAGCUAGGCGAGCUAGUAUUAUAUAUCCUCUAGUGCUCUCAGAUCGAUCGCUCACACUACGCCGUUCAUCACUUCCACUACCGAGCCUGCUAGUUCCUGCGCCACUGCUCCGCCCACUCUCCUUGGCGACAGCAAUGGCCACCCAGUGACGCGACCCACCGGCCGGUGACAUGCCGGACGACGCGUACCUCUUCUGUGCCGAGGACGCCGCCGCGGCCUUCUUCGACGCCGCGGCCGGCGGUGCCUCCUGGACCACUACCGGGGACGACGACGAUGAGUGCUGUUCCGCCGCCGAGGAGGAGUCGGCCUCCAUCGCCGAGCUCAUCGGCGGCGAGGCCGAGUACUCGCCCCGCCCGGACUACCCCGACCGGCUCCGGUCAAGGUCCAUCGACCCGGCCGCCCGCGCCGAGUCGGUUGCAUGGAUUCUCAAGGUGCAAGAAUACUAUGGAUUUCUUCCCUUGACAGCCUACCUCGCCGUCAACUACAUGGACCGGUUCCUCUCCCUCCACCGUCUGCCCCAGGAGGACGGAUGGGCGAUGCAGCUGCUGGCUGUGACCUGCCUCUCCCUGGCUGCUAAGAUGGAGGAGACCCUGGUGCCCUCCCUCCUGGACCUACAGGUAGAGGGCACCAGAUACGUCUUCGAGCCGCGGACGAUCGGUCGGAUGGAGCUCCUCGUCCUGACAGGGCUGAAUUGGCGGCUCCGGUCGGUCACGCCGUUCACCUUCAUCGACUUCUUUGCUUGCAAGGUCGAUCCGGGAGGGAGGCACACGGGAUGCCUCAUUGCCCGAGCCACAAAAGUGAUUCUGGCUGCAAUGCAUGACAUCGAGUUCUUGGACCACUGCCCGUCGUCGAUGGCCGCAGCGGCGGUGCUCUGCGCCACCGGUGGGAUGCCUUCGCUGGAGUCCGUCAGCCCUGGGGCCGCCGUCAGCUGGUGCAUUGGCCUUGCCGAGGAAGGGAUCAGCAGCUGCUACCAGCUGAUGCAGCAGCUGGUGAUCGGCAAUGUGCAGAGGAGGGUAGCCACCACAGCAGCAGUUAACCUGUGGUGCUCAGAUGAGGUGCUGUCCUCACAUUCCUGUUCCUCCUCCUCCUCCCCUCCCUCACCCAAGAGGAGGAAGAGGUCACCACCAGGCACAUGAAAAGGAAUAAUGGAAGUAGAUAGAAUUAUUUAUUUACAUGGGGUUUUGCAGAUUAACAGGGUUUGAUUUCUUCCAGUUUGUUGCGUUCCUGUGAUUCUUUUUUCUCUCCAUUUGUUCUCUUCUUUUGGGGUUGGCUCUUUACAACUCGGUGGGGGCUCUGCCUGCCUGCUCGAUCGGCCCUAUUGAUACACGCCAUCAUGGCAGCCUCUGCAUUGCCAGCCAGUCUGUGAAGGAGAAACAGUGUCAAGGUGAGGAGGAGGAGAGAGAUGGAGUUAGAAAGGCAGCAGGGCAGACACAUUUGUGUUUCUCUGUGCUGCACUCUCUGGGUCUUCACCCCCCAAUGCAGAGUUGCAGAGAAACCAUUCAUUAGCCAUGCAUGGGAUUGCAAUGAGAGAGAGAAGUAAAAGAGAGGCAAUGGCAAUGCAUGAGAUGCAGACAUGCACCAUGCAGUGGAUGAUGGUAGGGAUAAAUGAGGUGGUCAGAGAGUGGUCGGGGCUCCUGCCAGGAUGCAGUCCUCACUGCCAAGUCUGUUCAUAUUCAUGAGGGCAAAAUUUGUUUGUUUCCAAGUGUUUUGUUUGUAUUUUGUUGAUGCUACUGAAGAGAGAGAGAGGGAGAGAGAGAGAGAGAGAAUGCUGUGGUCGGAGACACAUGCAUGCUUGCCCUAGUGUGGUGAAGCUCUGGAGUGAAAUAUUUGUCCAUCUCCAGGCUCACAGCGUCCAAGCAUGAGGCUUUUGGGGGCCCCUUGCUAUUUGUUUCCAUUUGUAUCUCUUUUUUUGUGUAUCAAUAAAGAUGUUGCCAUUUGAAUUGGCUUGAAAAAAUGGAGAUAUUUUUGUGGUUUA